UGCAGUAUUGUGUGUGUGCGUGUGUACAAUCGUGCAGUCACAAUCGGAGUAUAUUCGUUUUUCUGAAGACGUUAUAGAGAAUUGAUCAGUGGCCGCGGCGAUUGUGACAAGUUGCUCGAUUAAUACGGCAAAAGGAUGGGCCGCAAGAAGAAGAAGCAAUCCAGACCCUGGUGCUGGUAUUGUAAUAGAGAAUUUGAAGAUGAGAAGAUUCUCAUCCAACAUCAGAAAGCUAAGCAUUUCAAAUGUCAUAUCUGUCACAAGAAGUUGUAUACCGGUCCAGGACUUAGUAUACACUGUAUGCAGGUACACAAAGAAGCAAUAGAUAAAGUACCGAAUUCUUUACCAAAUAGAAGUAAUAUUGAAAUAGAGAUUUAUGGAAUGGAAGGCAUACCACCAAAUGAUGCAAAAGAACAUGAAAGACAACGAAAUGGUGGCAGACCGGGUUCACCGUCAUCUGGAGAAGAUGAACCUGUUCCAAAAAAAGCAAAACCCGAAGGUUUGCUUGGUUCUGCACCAGGAGCAAUGUCUGGUAUACCGCCAUUGCCAGGUAUGCCACCACAGCCUGGUAUGCCACCAUUGUCAGGUAUGCCACCGCAGCCUGGUAUGCCACCAUUGCCAGGUAUGCCUCCACAUCAUGGUAUACCCCCUGGUAUGCAUCCCAUGAUGUCAAUGGGCCACGUGGGUCCUCCCUUCAUGGGACCAGGCAUGAUGCCUGGCAUGUCUGGUAUGCCUUCCGGGAUGCAGCCACCUGUUUCGGGCGCGUCAAUUCCACCUUCACGUCCACUAUUUCCGAGCGCUGCGGUCGUAUCGACGGCAACAGUAUCGACAGCGGCGUCGGUUAGCGGAUCGGCCCCUCUGGGUACAGACUUCAAACCGAUCACAUCCAUUGCCAGCGGCGGUUCCAUAGGCCCAGUAAAGCCGACAUUCCCCGCUUACAGCGGCGCCGCAGAACUUGCUGGCGCUACUACAGCUGGUAAUAGUAUUACCAACAGCAGCGAUCAGAAAGUAAAUCUUAUCGCGACUACAGGAGCUGCUAGUAAAAUCAUACAUCCGCCGGAAGAUCUCAGUUUAGAAGAAAUUAGAGCAAGAUUGCCCAAGUAUCAGCGUCGGCAAACCGAUGAAUCUGGAAGGCCGACGCAAUCUGAAGCAGCAGCGGCGGCAGUCGCGGCAAACCAACAGCAGCAAGCCGCCGCGUUGCAUCAAGCGGCGGCAGCGGCAGCGGCGCAGCAGCAACAGGCGGUGCAGCAACAGCAGGCGCAGCAACAGCAACAAGCGCAGCAGCAGCAAGCAGCUGCGAAUGUGGCGGCGGCUGCGUUUCAAGCGGACCAGCAGCAACGGCAGCAACAGGCAGCGGCGUUAAACGCAUUACAACAACAGCAGCAAAGAUUUCAACGGCCGCCGCAGGCGGUCAUGGUGCCGGCCUCGGCGGCGGCGAUGCCGGUCAGUUCGGUGGCAUUGAUGGCGCCUCUGAUGCGACCCACCAUGACCCUAGCUGCGCCUGCUCUCAUUCAUGGAGGUAACAUGAUGCGACCGCCCCCCAUGGGCCUGCCACCAGGCAUGUUAGGAGCGGCGAUAGCACCUGGAGCCGCGAUGCAUCCUUUUGCCACCGCUCCGAUGGCUUUUCCAGGGCCCAUGCUAGCGCCGAUGAUGCCGCGCUUCAGAUGAUCACCCCCCAUGGACGGGCCCAAUCCCCCGCCGAUGCAUUUCGUGCUAUGGGCCCGCCCCUAACUCUCGCUGGGGUCCGGACCUGAUCGAGGAAGAGAUAAACACAAAUUAACAAAGGAAGAAAGCGAGAGAGAGAGAGAGAGAGAGAGAGA